AUGGAGAACCUGGCGUUUGAGAAGUCUAAAGAUGACCCCCCGCUCUACGAGGAGACAUCGUUUUCGGGUAACGGUUACGGUAAUGGAGAGCACCGCUCAGUGCGGCCGUCAGUGGUCAGCGCGUUCGGCCACGAUACGCUGGACCGAGUGCCGAGUAUCGACUUCUACAGAAAUCCGGGCACCGUGAGUGGACACAGGGCCAUCAGACCUUCACUGCAGGAGCUACACGAGGUCUUCCAAAAGAAUGGGGAUUUGGAUAUUCCUGACACAGUGGAUGACGGGGAGGGAAGUGACGUUUUGGAGAAUGAUGAUAUCGAGGCCAUCGUCCCCCCGGAGAACAGCGCAGGGGUGGUUAAAUUCGGCUGGAUUAAGGGGGUCCUGGUGAGGUGCAUGCUGAACAUCUGGGGAGUGAUGCUCUUCAUCCGUCUCAGCUGGGUGUUCGGACAAGCAGGAGUCGGUUUGGGGAUUAUUAUCAUUUUGUUGAGCUGUGUGGUCACCACUUUAACUUGCCUGUCCAUGUCAGCUAUCUGCACAAACGGAGUGGUCAGAGGAGGCGGGGCGUAUUAUCUGAUCUCCCGCAGUUUGGGGCCGGAGUUCGGCGGCUCCAUCGGCCUGAUCUUCGCCUUUGCUAACGCUGUAGCUGUUGCCAUGUAUGUGGUGGGAUUCUCAGAGACGGUGGUGGAUCUCCUGAAGGUGAAUAACGCCAUCAUGGUGGACGAGGUGAACGACAUCCGGAUCAUCGGCUGCAUCACUGUGGUCCUUCUUCUCGGAAUAUCAGUGGCUGGGAUGGAAUGGGAGGCCAAAGCUCAAAUUGUGCUGCUGGUCAUUCUCCUGAUAGCCAUAGUGAACGUGUUUGUUGGCACUGCAAUUCCUGCCACUGAGGACAAAAAGGCUAAAGGCUUCUACAGUUAUCAGGCGUCCAUAAUGUCAGAGAACUUCACCCCGAGCUUCCGGGAUGGAGAGACAUUUUUCUCCGUUUUUGCCAUUUUCUUCCCUGCGGCGACGGGAAUCCUGGCUGGAGCGAACAUCUCCGGAGACCUGAAGGACCCUCAGGGGGCGAUUCUCGGCACCCUGCUGGCCAUCUUGAUCACCGGAUUAACGUCUGGCAUCGCUCUGUGCGUCUCUGCUACAGUCGUCCGCGACGCGACGGGGAACAGGAACGACACCAUCGCUCCCGGAGCCAGCUGCAACUUCUCCAUCGCCUGUGAUUUCGGCUACGACUUCUCCGUCUGUGGGACCACCAAGUGCCAGUAUGGCCUCAUGAACAACUUCCAGGUGAUGACUAUGGUAUCUGGGUUUGGACCCCUAAUCACAGCAGGCACCUUCUCCGCUACAAUCUCCUCCGCCCUCGCUACUCUGGUCAGCGCUCCCAAAGUUUUCCAGGCGCUGUGUAAGGACAACAUCUACAAAGCCCUGCACUUCUUUGCCAAAGGCCACGGCAAAAACAACGAGCCCAUUCGGGGCUAUGUGCUCACCUUCUUCAUUGCUGUGGCCUUCAUCCUCAUUGCUGAGCUGAACGUCAUCGCUCCUAUCAUCUCCAACUUCUUCUUGGCGUCCUACGCUCUCAUCAACUUCUCCUGCUUCCACGCCUCCUACGCCAAAUCUCCAGGCUGGAGGCCGGCGUAUAAAUACUACAACAUGUGGCUGUCGCUGUUCGGGGCCGUGCUCUGCUGCGCUGUGAUGUUUGUCAUUAACUGGUGGGCUGCGCUGCUGACGUACGCCAUCGAGAUCUUCCUCUACAUCUACGUCACCGUCAAGAAACCAGAUGUGAACUGGGGGUCGUCCACGCAGGCCGUGACGUUUGUGAACGCUGUGAAUAACACGCUGACCUUAUCGGGAGUGGAUGAACACGUCAAGAACUUCAGGCCUCAGUGCAUCGUUCUGACCGGAGCUCCUAAAACACGGCCGGCGCUGCUGGACCUGGCGCACUCCUUCACCAAAAACUACGGCCUCUGCCUCACCUGUGAAGUGUUUGUGGGUCCGCGAGUGGAGCGGCAGCAGGAGAUGAGUGCGUCCAUGGAGCAGAACCAAGUGUGGCUGAAUCAACAGAAGAGGAAAGCGUUCUAUGCCGCUGUUGCAUCCGAGAGCUUCAGAGAAGGAGCAGAGAGUCUACUGCAGGCUUCAGGGCUGGGGCGGCUCAGACCCAACACGCUGAUGCUGGGGUUCAAACGAAACUGGAGGAGCGCAGACACUGCCGACGUCCAGGAAUACGUAGGAGUGCUACAUGACGCGUUUGAUUUUGAGUACGGGACAGUGAUGCUGAGACUGAAUCAGGGACUGGACAUCUCCCACAUUCUUGCAGCUGAAGAGGAGAUGGAGAAGAUGCUUCUGGAGCAGCAGGCACUGGAGAUGGAGGAGAAUGGAUUCCAGGAGGGAGGGAAAGGGUUUUUUAAAAGAGCCAGAAAACCAUCCCAAAAAGUGCUGGCCACCAGAGCCCCAGUGGAGGUUCCUCACACCUCUGACGUGGCGAAGAUUAAUCAGCGCCUGGUGGAGGCCAGCUCCCAGUUUAAGAAGAAGCAGGACAAAGGCACCAUCGACGUUUGGUGGUUGUUUGAUGAUGGAGGUUUAACUCUGCUGCUGCCAUAUAUUCUGACCACAAGGAAGAAGUGGAAAGACUGUAAAUUGCGUAUUUUCAUUGCUGGCCAGCCGGAACGCACAGAGCAGGACAAAGAAGAAAUGCAGUCUCUGCUGAAGAAGUUCAGGAUUAAGUGCAACUACAUCAGCGUCAUCGGUGACCUCCACAUCCGCCCGACUGCAGAAAACUGGAGGUUGUUUGAGGACAUGAUUGAGCCAUUCCGUCUGCAUGAGGGCUCGAAGGACACAACUCAGGCAGAAGCUCUGAGGAAAGAGCAUCCCUGGAAGAUCACUGAUGCUGAGCUGGACCACUUUGACGAGAAGACGAAUCUGCAGGUGCGGCUGAAUGAGCUGCUGCAGGAAAGCUCCAGAGCAGCUAAACUCAUCAUAGUGAGUAUGCCCAUUGCCCGGAAAGGCUCAGUUUCGGACCACCUGUAUAUGGCCUGGCUGGAAGCUCUGACUAAAAACCUCCCUCCGACCCUGCUGGUCCGUGGAAACCACAAGAGCGUGCUGACCUUCUACUCAUAAUACAGACCCUGCAAAGUCAGAGCUGUGUCCCAGUUCUGUGCCAAACACUAACACUGAUGUAUAUGAAGUGGACUUAAUAGGGUGAAGCUACUUAAGUGAAAUGUAUUUUUUAUUGUAAGACAGAAAAUAGGCUCUGUAGAUUUAUUUACUGUCCAUAUGCACGGGCUCCAGCAUAUAGCUAGCUACACUAUAUUGCCAAAACUAUUCACUCGUCUGCCUUCAAACACAUGAACAUGAGUGAUAUCUCAUUCUUAAUCCAUAGGGUUUAAUAUGAUCUCGGCUCACCCUUUGCAGCUAUAACAGCUUCAACUCUUCUGGGAAGGCUUUCCACAAGGGUUAGGAGUGUUUAUGGGAAUUUCUGACCGC